UUUACCGGUUCACCGUCAUCAUUACUCACKCAAUUUUUUUUUCUGAAUUGCGAUUAUUUACUACUCCGUUCCCGUCCUUUCUAUUGUAAAUAUAUUUCACUUUAUCUCAGAAAAAAAAAAUGAAUUCUAAACUAUUAUUCUUGAGCUCAAAAAUUAUUUUUAGGAAUCAAAGUAGAACGUUCACUGCCUCUUACGCAAAAUUCACCAAAGGCAAUGAUGAAACGGGUAUUUUUAUUUUAGGAUUUCCUAAUCCAUUGGAUUUAGCUACUGGUAUUGAAAAAAAAGAAAUGCCCUUGCGUCUAGCUGGAAAUGAUGAUCCAUACAAUUUGAAAGCUAUAAAACAUGGCGUUGGUACCUAUGAUAAACCCACUUUAGUACCAUCUGCCUUUGGAGCAAGAAUUAUUGGCUGUGUAUGUGAAGAAGAUGCAUCUUAUGUCAAAUGGAUGUGACUACAUUCAGGAGAACCAAAACGUUACUGUGGUCAUUGGUAUAAAUUAGUUUUCAAGGAAGCACUUGUUUAAAAAUACAUGUUUGUUAACAAACAUAAUAUGUUUAGUCCU